CCAGUGUGUGUAGUGUGAAUAACCGAACACCGGCCUCGUCUGUCAGUCAGGCAGCGCAGCGGUGAGCAUGGCGGCGGUGUCGCUCCGUCGGUUCGUUUCUCUCGUCAGUUCGGUUCGGCGUUCUGGGCUCGUGUGCACUCAAUACCGAACCGCUGUCUGCUCCAGCAGCGGCGCCAUUCUGCCCAAACCCAAGAAAACUUCUUUCGGGUUGAUGCGGAUCAUGAUGGUUGUAGCUCCAUUUCUCUACGUGGGGACUCAGAUCAGUAAGAACUUUGCAGCUUUACUGGAAGAACAUGAUAUAUUUGUGCCUGAAGAUGAUGAUGACGAUGAUUAAUCAAAGAUGCUGUUCGGAUCUUUCGGCUGCUAGAUUCUUAUAUUUGAUCUGAUUAAAAUCAAACACUGGGCUGAUUCAACAGAAGAAAACCCAACGCUGUCUACACGUGUUUACAUCAUCAGACACCAAUCCAUGAACAAUUUCCAGAUGUGCAUUCUUCCCAAGCAGCUUUACACUACAGAGGACAGUCAUACAGGAAUAUUUAUAAUGAUAUUAAUUUUACAUUAAAAACUAUAUACAGCACUGUA